GGCGAGAUCAAACACACGGCUUUGCUUCAUUUCGCAUAUCGCAUCUCUCCACUAGUAGCAGACUUUCUAGCUGGUGAUAUCAGACUACCCGAAAAAGAACUUCACAGGCACAAACUACAUUCUCAUUCAUCUUAUUCACACCACGCUGCCUCACCUACCACUAACAAAAAAAAAAUGAGGACAAGCAACUUGUCGAGACCUCGUGCAGGAAGGUCUGGUGGACUCGAGGGCGCAGAGCCUUCGUCGGAGAAGAUGGCAGUUGAACAAAAAGUGAAGGCUCUUCGGAAGGCUGCUAGGCGGCAAGCACGCUAUCUUGAGCAACCUUCUUAUCUUCCUGGUCUUUUUGGCCUCUUACUCACUCGGAAGCGAUCUGCUUACCCGGCCCACGACGACGGCCCUGAACGCAAGCGAAAAAGAAUUACUCAUAGGCCGAUGAUAGAGAUAUCAAGACGCCGUCCACGACGGGCAAGGGAGCCAAGGUCGAGCAAACCGCGACUCCACCCGCCCUCUCCCUCGCCUUCCUCUUCCCAAUCAUCGGCUUCAUCUUCCUCCUCAUCCCCAUCACUACCCCCAGCUCCAUCUUCACCCCCCUCUUCACCCUUAUCUUCUGGCCCAUCCUCCUGCCCCCCUGCCCCCCUACCCGUGUCUCUGCCGACUGAAGAGUCUUCUGCUGAACGACACCCUGCCUUCAAGCAGUUUAUGGACCUACCCGCCGAGAUCCACGACGAGAUUCUUCGUUAUAUACUCAGAUGGCCGCAUGACAUUACUGUUUUUAAUGGCUGGUCACUAGUGUAUCCACGCUCACGUCCUCGCCUACAACUAUCCAUCUUAUACACAUGCCGUAUGCUGAAAGAUCUAGGCCUUCGGAUUCUUUUCGGGGAGAAUACAUUCGCCUAUGACUUGCGGGAUCCAAAAGUAGCAUCCAGCCAUACCGGCACGGUGAUAGACGAGGUUUUCGAUGGAUGUGUAGUGCCGAUCAAUAAGUAUGGGCAUCUAAUCCGCUAUGUCAGGAUCAAGUUCCAUCGUAACCGGCUUUGUCUUAACGAGCAUCGUCAGGCUUUCACAAAAGCUAUUCUCAAGUUCCGUCCUGGUAGCGAUCUCGCUCACCCCGCUAACUUGCACACACUCACACUAGAAGUUCCCGCCCUCUGCAACGCAGACUUGGAUCCCGACUACGAGAUGCUUGAGCCUAAAACAGUUCCGAUUUGCCAAUAUCUAAAAGAAGAAGCAGGUUCCUACAAUGGAUACAAUGCGCUAUUUGAGAUUCGAACCCAAUGGGUGCGUGUCCUAGCCUGGGAUAAAUACAAUGAAUGCUGGGAGACUAAUAUCGAUAUGCGCUACUAUUUCAACGAUGAGAACAAGGCUUGGAGAGAAGGCAACAAACACGGCACAGAGGACGCUGCUAACGAUCAAAACGUGAAAAGAGACGCCGAUACCACUGUCAUUUAUAGGACCAGGGAUGUUGAAGCUAUGGAGAUGCUCCGGGCUAAAAAGGCGGAAAGUGCUUUGGCAGGCUUGCGUAACUUGGCUACGCGUAUUGAACAUCUAGCCAACAGUCCAGACCUAGUAGUUAACAAAUUCAAAGUAUGGCGACCUGCAACCAACCCUAGUAACGGUCGUGGCCCGAAAGGGUCUGGUGAAGAUGAGUUUGUGUCUUUGCCCCCGGGUUUUCGCGAGCCACCAUUACGAGGCCGAACCCGUUCGACAACAAGGGCGAAACCAAAUCCAAAGCUCCCAACCAAACCUAACUCCAAGUCUAACAUGAAAUCCACUACAGAGCCGGAGGAUAAGUCUAGCACCAAGGCUGGGACCAAGAAUAAAAAAAGCCCUGUCAACUUGAGUAUCUUCCACGCACGAAACGAAGUGAAUGAACAGAAGCUUCUGAAGGCCCAGAAAGGAACACAGAAGAAAGAAAAUGGGCGUUGUGGAUGCGGCACGCUUACGGAGGAAGUACUUGAAGAUGAGGACGACGCCGACGACGAUAGAGUGACGGUGUAUUGGGAUAAGGUUGAGGGAAACACCGCGGAGGAGUUUUAACAGCACUGCGUGCACAGCGAGUUUAGCGUAGCGCGCUGUGAUCGAGGAUCCAUGAUUCAUGCGCUGCGAAGAGGAGUACGAUUGAGACACGGAUGGCGAUCUGAUCAAUGCGUUCUAUUAUCUUUUCAUUUCCCUCCAUCCCCUGGAUGAGUCAUAUUACAUACACCAUGCGUAGGUAGAUUUAUACUUAGUUUCCCGCUGCCCUUAUUUAGACGCUAGACAUACUAGACUCUAGAUUU